CACGUGUAAAAGGUAAACAUUGAGUUGCCAGUUAAGGAAAAAAGGUGGAAAGCUUUGUCAAACACGGAUUUCGGUUGAAUAUGGCCUUAGAGGUGAAGCAUCUAUUUUCCUGGGAUACUGAGUACAGUGCUGACUCAGUGGAGUUCUGCCCCAUUAGUACAUAUGAGGAUUACCUUGUAGUGGGUACAUAUCAACUGACAGAUCCUGAGAAAGCUUUAAACACCUCAAAUGAUGGAGAAGGAGAAACAGAUAGUUUAGAUGCAGCAGCAAAGGAUGUACCAAAAAAACGACUAGGCCGUCUCUACCUCAAGCAGAAGAUUGAUGAAAAACUAUGUUUAGUUCAGCAAAUUGACAUGCCUGCUAUUUUAGAUAUGAAAUGGUGUCAGCAUGAGAUAUCAGGAACACCAGUGCUUGCCAUUGCAAAUGCUGUUGGUCAGUUACUUCUUUAUAGACUAAUAACAGCAGGAGAGAAAUUGUGUUUGGAGUAUCACUGUAAGUUUCAAAUAGAAGAAGAAACCCUUGCUCUCUCACUAGAUUGGUCAACAGGAAAAACUGUCAGUGAGAAUCCUUUAAUAUCAGUUAGUGAUUCUAAGGGAAAGAUCAAUAUUUUACAGUUGACUAAUGGAGAACUUGUUCUUCAAAAAAGAUUUUUAGCCCAUGAUUUUGAAGCCUGGAUAACAGCCUUUGACUACUGGGAUCCUAACACAGUGUUUACAGGAGGUGAUGAUUGCAAGUUCCGCAGGUUUGACAUUAGAGCUGAAUCGGCCCUACCAGUGUUUACUAGCAGAGUGCAUAAUGCAGGAGUUACAAGCAUUCAAAGCAAUUGUCACUCUGAGCACCUUUUGGCAAGUGGAAGCUAUGAUGAAACUGUUAAUUUGUGGGAUACAAGAAAUAUGCGAUCUCCAAGUGCUUCCACAUCUCUUGGUGGUGGUGUGUGGCGUCUGAAGUGGCAUCCUCAAGGAAAGCCAUUAUUGUUGUGUGCUUGUAUGUAUAAUGGAUUUCAUGUAAUAGACACUGAAAGUAUGGAAACUGUGGUUUCUUUUAAUGAGCACCAGAGUAUAGCGUAUGGUGUUGACUGGUGGUAUACUAUGAAAGAUUCCACCCAUAUUGUUGCAUCUGCAUCAUUUUAUGACCAUCUUUUGUGUCUUUGGGAAUUUAAAAAGAAUUAAUGUGCAGGUAUUAAAAGGAAUCUUAUACAUUAUUAUAUAAA